ACAUGGCUCGGAGCCAAACCUUCUACCAGGCAUUUGCUUCAGCCAUGGAAGUAUUGCAGCGCAAAGAGCAUGUUCCAUUUAAAGAGUUCUUGGUUUAUCCAGAAUCAAACUACAUGGAGCCACCUGAAUACUUAACCGACAUAAAAAGUCCUCCAAAUUGGGAAAUAAUCUUUCAUAAGGAGUCGCUGAGUUGUCAGGAAGAAGAGUCUUCUUACUCACCUCUGAAAGAUCUCGAGAGAAUGCGGAUGAAUAGCAACUUCAAACCCAAACUUGAUCCAACACAGCUUGCAGCAGUGGAGCUGGCACUAAAAAACAAGCUUGUGCUGAUUCAGGGUCCUCCAGGAACUGGAAAGUCGUUUGUGGGUGUGCGCCUAGUGCGUCUUCUUUUGUCCAUGAAGGUGCCACAAAGCCAUGGACCUAUUCUGGUCGUGACCUAUAAGAAUCACGCCUUGGACAAUUUCUUGGAAGCUCUUGCUAAAGAUUCAUGCCCUGAUGAAAAGAUUGUUCGUGUUGGAAACUUACCUGAUGAUGCUGACGAGAAAUUGAAGAAACUCUUGCUAAGAGAGGUUGGGCGAAAUUGGCCUCAGGGACUGUUCGAUCGAAAAAGAACCUUGACAGGAAAACUUUGGGCUUUGCAGCCUAGUGUUAGAAGUGCUUACCAGAAGUUAGCGUUUUCCAGUAUUUUCAAUGCAGAGAUGUUUUUGGAAGAAGCGUCGGCAGACCAGAUUAGGUCCCUUCUUAAGGAGAACGAACGUGAGCCAGUUCAUGGAAAAGAACUGGAAACGUUGUUGAAGAAGGUGAUCAAAGACGGUGAUCGAGUUGGUGUUAGGAACAAUGCUCGACUUUUAGAACUAGUGAAAAAUGCAUUACAGCGUUGGCUGCCUGAACAAGAAGAGUUCGAUAAGUUUGUCAGUGACAAACAGGAGCCCAAAGCAAAGAGAAAUGUAGCACCUGCCCUUGCUAAGCGAAAACGCAAAGAAGAUCCUGAGCAGGAGAAUCCAAGUGACACCAGAGAUCCUUCAGUGGAGGAAAAGGAGCGUCUUCUUGCUUUGGAUAAAGACAUCUGCGAUGAAGAAGACGAAAAAAUCGCCCAAGAUGUUGUCCAUAAAGACCAGGACAAGAGAGAUCCCUCUUGUGGAACAAAGGAGCGCAAGCUAGUUUGUGUCGAUGAAACAAAGGUGAUACCUCAUAGAAAACUCUUAGAUUCCGUCAAAGUGUGGGAUCUAAAGAAAGAGGAAAGAGUUCAGCUUGUGUAUGUUUUCCAACGCAACUUCUACAAGAAAGCUUGUGCUGAUUUCCUUGAAAAGAGCAGCUGGUACACAGAGAUACAUCAGCAGCUGAAAGAGCUGAGAAAUCAACGUAACAUUGAAGUUAUGAAAAAAUGUCACGUAAUUGGAAUGACAGUGACUGGAGCGACCAUGAGGGCAAAUUUGUUGGCUGACAUUAAACCGUCUGUCAUGAUAGUGGAGGAAGCUGCUGAGAUCCUCGAAGCACAGCUUGUAGCUGUCAUUCCACCGUCUGUACAACACCUCAUUAUGAUCGGUGAUCAUGAACAACUAAAGCCAACGGUGCAUUUCCACCGACUCAAAAAACAUCAUCACCUUGAUCUCUCCCUUUUCGAGAGGCUUAUCAACUGUAAGCUGCCAUACAUACAGCUUGGCUUUCAGUGCAGAAUGAGAGAUGACAUUGUCGACUUGCUCCGAGAACUUAAGAUUUAUGACAAUCUACAGACAAAACAAGAGCUUGUACAAAGCAAUGAUUUACCACCCUGUGUCGCGUCCAGCAUUUAUUUCUGGACUCAUACAGACUGGGAAGAUGAAUCGAAGAAUUCCCACAGCAAGAGAAAUAUCACAGAGGCUAAAAAAAUUACUGAAGUUGCCAGAACAUUCCGUGAGAGGGAAGUCCCGCCAUCAAAGAUUACAGUUCUUUGUUCAUAUCGAGGACAGGUCGACGAAGUAAAGAAGCAUUUCAGAAAGGAAGAUAAAUUGUCAGAUAUCAAGGUCACCACAAUCGAUAGUUUUCAGGGGCAAGAGAAUGAUAUAAUUCUCAUAUCUCUGGUCCGAAGCAACAACAUACCCACGAUUGGCUAUCUAUCAUCAAUGAAUCGUUUGUGUGUGGCAAUUUCACGGGCUCGCUGUGGUCUCUACUUGUUUGGUAAUGACACACACUUUGCAAGAAAAUCUAGAGGAUGGAGGGUUAUCAGGGAUUCCAUGCGAAAGAAGCACUGUGUGGGUCGAGUAUUUCCAUUUUGCUUAGGUGACAAAGUCAGGGGAGAUGGGUAUCACGGAAGCCCUCCAACGAGAGAUGAAAACAGAGGCAGCACAAUUAUCAACGCUCAAAACGUUCUUAUCGGGGGAGGAGACGGCUCCGUAAAUACAAUGAAUGUUGAUCGAGGGAAUUCCCCCUCGGGAACGACAACUCCACGGCGUUUAGAAAUGCCACCUCCACCCUCUGGAAAAACCCCAGUUCAAGAUCCAAAGUCGCCCUCACCUUCGCCGGUGUCUUCACCGCUACGUAUGGAAAGAAGUGACACGGGUGCUGACUCAAGUAGUGUGCCGCUACAUGGAAAUGAAAGGGAUGGGUCGGUAGUCGUUGAUGCAAGGCCAAAUGAAAUAACAGGGGUGGAGUCUGAGAAAGAUGCAAGAAUGCCUAUCCAAGAGGCACCUGCUGCAGACGAUGCUUCCCUUGAUUUGAAUGAUAUGGAAAACAUGAAAGAGAGACCGGAACAAGAGUCAGGUACUCCUGGGAAAAGUACAAGCGAUUCUCCUGUUGCUGUGGAUGAAUCCGUACCGUCUGAUAAGGAUGCCAGGAGACCUAUGCAGGAAGCGCCAGAGCCGCAAAAAUCUCCUGAAUCGGUCGAGUUUGAAAACAUGAAGGAAAGGCCGGUGCAAGAAUCAAAGAAUGCCACCUCUGAUUCGUCAAUCAAAGGUGAUAAUGCCUUGACGUCAGGUAAAGAGGCGAGAAGACCUACACAAGAGUCAACGGAACAAGAGAAAUCACCUCCUGGUUCGAGCAAGGAGGAAAGUAUUAAAGAAAUGCCGAUAGAAGAGUUAGCGGACGAGAGGCAUUCGGAAGAAACAGCUGUGCAGGAAAGUGAAGAAACUCCAAAGAAGGAGGACGAGUCAAGGAGUCACCCCGUAAGGCACGUUUACCAAGAAGGCGACUUGAAAGAACAGAAGAAAGAAACUCUCGCCCAAGAAACAAUAAACCAGUCUGGUGAGGAAACUGAUAGCCAGUGCCCUGACGACCCUGUCCAGGAAACCCAGGGGCUUGGUAAAGUGAAAGAAGAUGAAGACUUAAGACCUUACAAAGAUGUCGAGUGCUCUGAAGCAACCACCAGAUGUGAGACAGAAAGCAAAGAUAGCCGAGAGGAAGCUUUACCGACUCAAGAGACCAUGGCCGCUGGGAAAGGACCUUUUGAAGAGACCGGGCUGGAGGUUGGCGUCAAGGGGCAUCCCACAGACUGAAGAAAGCCAUCUUGAAUAUUAAUUGACAGAAACGGCUUUGGGAACAAAAGCAAGCGUAUAGAGCACCCAUAGAAGAUGUGAAGCUGGAUUCAACUUCCAUUUUGUCUCAGCAUUCCAAGAAUAUAAUACGAAUGAAACUUUAAUUGUUUUUCUAUUUUAUGAAUGAAGCAAUUUCUACGGGGUUUUUAUCCUCACAAGUCCAAUGGAUAUCACUGAUUUAUCCAAAAUAAUUCGACGGAAGUGCAUGGAGUCGAUUCUAGCUAGUAGGUUCUAGUUUGAUCAGAAUUGAGCUGUACUCUUCGCAAACUACUUUUUUUCCAUUGGAACACAGUGAGUUAGCCAUCGAAGAUGUUGCUUCUUUUUAAACCUCUUAAGAGGACCACAGCCUGUCAUUUUAUAGAUUGUGCCCUUUCUUAUGCACAAUCCAAACUUUCCAUCAAGUUUUUUCAAUUURGCCUGGUAGGUUUAUUUAGAACGCGUGCGUUUGUAUUUUUCCUUAAGACCUGACAAAACAGUGGUUGUAUGAAAGUUCACGCAAUCAUUCCUUUACACUGAGUGAUAUUCGUGCAAUUGUGAAAACAUUUUCCAGUAUCAUUUGCAGUGUAAAUCAAUUGGAUACAAAUCGUUUGUAGAAA